ACUCACGGUGUUAUUGUUGUUGAAAAUAUAAACAAAUGCAGAUGUUUUGGAAAGUCUAGCAAAAUGACCAUAUUUAAUAUGUAUAUAUUCGACAAAUUCGGCACGCUGAUGUAUUACGUGGAAUGGAAUCGGACAAAGAAAUCGGGUAUAACCCGGGAAGAGGAAGCAAAACUUACCUAUGGCAUGCUGUUCUCCAUCAAAUCCUUCGUAAGCAAGAUAUCGCCCCAUGAUCCACGGGAAGGGUUUCUCUAUUAUAAAACCAAUCGCUAUGCCCUACACUAUCUAGAAACGCCCUCUGGAUUAAAAUUUGUGCUAAACACUGACACGGCUGCAAUUAAUGUAAAAGAAUUGCUGCAGCAGUUGUAUGCAAAAAUUUGGGUUGAAUAUGUGGUGAGAGAUCCACUCUGGACGCCGGGCACUCCAGUAACUUCUGAACUAUUCCAAAACAAACUCGACGAGUUUGUGAAACAAUCACCCAUAUUUGGCAUAAGAAAUAUCUAGCAUUAAAGUUAAUAGAAAAUAUUUAUUAAAGACAACAAUUUAUAAGGUCUAUGCCAUAAGAUUUGA